CUUGAAUUGAUGCACGAGCAGCGGCAACUUGAAGGCCGCGGCCAUGGCGCAGUCGCCACCAAAGCCAUUCGAGCAGGAACAUGCUUCCUGCGAUGCGAUCCCGUCGCCGCAUUACCUCUCGACAUGUCGAAAACUUGCGCUACAUGCUUUUCCCCUGGCACCAGGCGAUGUGGUCUAUGCAAAACCUUGCAUUACUGCAGCCGACCGUGCCAGUUAGCCGACUGGGCAGUGCAUGCUGCCGAGUGUACGUAUCUUUCGAAGCAUCUGCAUUCGAAUCCGAUGACUCCAACACUCCUUCUGGCAAUUCGCAUCCUUCGGUCGGAAGCGUCCAUGGCUGCCGUCGAGCAUUUGGUGUCCAACUUGGAUGCCCACGAACAGUCCAAACUUGACGAUUACCGAGACAUGGGCAUGCUGGUGCUGUCGUUCAUGACUCGCAUGAAGCUCAAGGCCGCGUUACCGACAUUGGACCGAGUCGUGACGCUGUUUGGUCAAUUCAAUUGCAACGCAUUCACGGUGUGCACGCCCGAGCAAGUGCCCGUGGGAAUCGGCGUGUUCCCAGACGCGGCCUUACUCAACCAUUCGUGCGCGCCCAAUUGCAUCCUGGCCUUCGACAAGCGUCAGUUGGCCAUACGAACGAUCCGAGAUGUCUCGAUCGGGGAAGAGCUCACGAUCUCGUAUAUCGAGCUCAUGACGUGUCGGUCGGAGCGCCAAGCAGAGCUCGAAGCUUCGUACUUUUUCACUUGCUCGUGCAUCCGGUGCAGCACGCCAGAGGACGCCGCAACGUCCGAGCUGCGGCACCCGUUGACCGACCCGACGUGCGAGUCAGAGGAACCGUCCCAUGGAGACGCUCUGUUGGGCGACAUACUCCGGCUGGAAGCAAAGGCCGACGCGUUGGAAGCGUCGCACGAUACACGCGCCGCUGUGGACUGCCGUCUUGACGCCGUCGAGAUCGCUCGGGAACUGUAUGGCCCACGGCACGCGACCGUCACCCGGACCCUUGAAACCCUGGCCAACAUCAUCACUGGCACGGAGCACGCCGCGGUUGCGACCGCGUCCGAUAUAGCCCACGCGCGCACAGCGUAUGAAUCCGCUCUUGCCAACCAGACCCACUUGUACAAGCGAUUCAACAUGGAAGCGUUCCAGGGCUUGUGCUACUUAAAGUACGCCCGCCUCUUGGUCACGCACUUCGGUUCUGGAACGAAUUCGUCGGAAGAGGCCGUCGCCGCCCUGCGCACCGCGUGCCGCUUGUUGACGCUGUCGCAUGGACAAGAUGCCCCGCUCGUCAAGGAUGCCAUUGAAUUGCUUCAUGACACACAGCGACAGACGAUGGACUGGUCCCGAUAGGUUUGCGCCACCUCCCCAUGCUUCGGCACUCGUCCGUCUCCGCAGCGGACGCUCUGUUGCCCCGAGUCUUCUUCCCCGCGCUCAAUCGGUGUGGUUUAUCCGCACUCGAUGAACGUCCCCUUGGCGACCUGUGGACUCCACCAUGCAUGGCAGCAAAAUGAAUAGAACAAAUGAGGUCCUGGCGUUUGAGCUCGAUGCCCCUGGAUGCGGAUUGAGCACGGCCCUCUGGCCUGGAAUCCAUCAGUUGCACAUGACGACGUCGUCCGUCCCCGCCAACGAGGCAACUGUCUAUGCCAGUGCGACAGCAUCUUCUCGUGUGCUACUUGCGACGGGCAGCACCUUUGCGACCCCCCCGCGUGCAUGGCUUGCAGGAAAACCCGGCAUCGAUCUCAUCCACUUCGACCGAACCUCGCCUCGUUGAGUAGUCACCAGAGC